AGUACACGCAAUUAGUCAGUUCGAUACCGAAAACCGAACUUGUAUUUUUUUUCUCCUCUCAGAAUUCCAAGAGCAAAAGAAGGCAGUAGAGCAUCCGGUAGAUAAGUUUUUGGACAUUCUGAAGGAAAAUUUACAGUGUUAAACUUAACGAAAAAUUAAAAGGAUUUGUAUUCCCGUAUUUAAGAUUUUAAAUCUCUAAAUUCAUAAAAAAAAGAAAAUGGCAGCUACUGCAUUGGCACAAGAAAAGGUUUGGGUAGAAAAACCAUCGUACGACAAAGCUGAAUGUCUUUUCCAUGAAAGGGCGGCUAAGGGAAAUCAAGGAACUACUUGCUUUGCUGUUUCUACUACUGGUGGAAGUUUAGUUGAUGAAAUCACCAAGGCUCAGCAACACAUGAAAAAAUCUUUACAAUGUAUGGCUGGAAUCGAAGCAAUGGCAAAAGUUCCAUCAAAUGACAGUGACUCGUCUCGUGUGACAUUUCUUGAGAAAGAAAAUGAGGAACUUAAAAAUAGAAUGCAAGAAUUAAUGAAACGUGUUGAGAAAUUAGAGAUACGUGUAACUGAUUUGGAGAAACCAAAAUUAUCAACAAUUGCAGCUCCCGAAGUAUGUGUUAAAAAAGAAGUAAAAGCUGCGGAAAAUGAUGAUGACGAUGACGUAGAUCUAUUUGGGUCUGAUUCAGAGGGCGAGGAUGCAGAGGCCGCAAAAAUCAGAGAGGAACGUCUUGCUGCUUACAAUGCAAAGAAGUCGAAGAAACCGGCCCUCAUUGCCAAAUCGAAUAUAAUUUUGGAUGUCAAGCCCUGGGAUGACGAGACUGACAUGAAAGCAAUGGAAACCGAAGUUAGGAAAAUCGUAACUGAAGGACUUCUUUGGGGAGCUGCUAAAUUAGUACCUUUGGCUUAUGGAAUUCAUAAACUCCAAAUCUCCUGUGUCGUUGAAGAUGACAAAGUUUCCAUUGACUGGUUAACUGAACAAAUCCAAGAAAUAGAAGACUUUGUUCAAAGUGUGGACAUAGCUGCCUUCAACAAAGUUUAACUUAAUUUCUACUCAAAAGAACAAAAAAAAAAAAAAAAAAAUUUUUUUUAACUUUAGUCGUAACUGCGAAAGGGCUAUGGGGGCCAUUUUUCAUUCCACUAGCAAUAUCCAUGCGAGAAUAAUCACUUUAUAACUUCCCAUUACACCCCAUUUGUGUGUGAAAAGAGCUCUAGUAAGAAAGUGAAUGAAAGGAAGAGUACGACUAUGGAAGGUGCUUUUUUGCUCAAAUUAAUUCACAAUUAGUCAAAUGAAAAUAGAAUGUUCUAAAUUAUAUAGUCAUCAAACGUUUGUGUGGAAAAAAAAGUAAUCCUACAUUAAUUUUAAAUAAAGAAUAUCAGAUAAAUAAUAGAAAGAUCAAUGGAAUAAAAAACGUUUUAUUUUUACUCAAAUUAACGUCGUUUUUUGUCUUCCGUAAAAUUAUUUAUCUUCUAUUCUUCAUUUAAAAUUAUAUGGAAAAACACUUACAUGUUAAUUUUAAUAAUUUAAGUGAAUUAUUUGUUUUGUUAUUAGCUUAAGAAUGUCUGGAAAAAAAAAUUGUUAAACAAAAAAAAAAACUUUUUACUAUAGACGCAUUUCAUUUUAAGUGAAAAAAGAAAAUCUGUUUGUUGCAAACUGCAGAGAAAUAAUAUUUUGUAAAAUUAUCGGAUGCUCGAUAUAUUUUUUUUGUUUGUCAAAUGAUCUGAUCAACGUUAUGUAUUUGUGUUUUUUUAACAUCUGAAUAAAAAAAAAAAAAAAUAAUAUAGGGAAUAUAAUUUAAUUAGAAGAAAUGAUUUUAAUUUAAAACUAUACGUACUUAAAAACUCAAAAAUAUACGAUCAAUUAAAUAUGUAAGAAAAAUCGGGAAUAAUAUUUUUAUUAAUUAACAUUUUUAAUGUAAAUAGAGGACAAGUGUAAUCCGUCGAAUUAUCCUAUUCAUUAUACUGUAAAACAGCGUAAAAACUCGUGUUGCUACUGCAGUGGUUGUUAAUUACGAUUAAAACUAAUAAAUUAGUAAAUGAAUAUAA